AUGGAUAGGCGAACUUACGAGAGUCCCAUGGAUUGGGAAUACCAGGGUACAGGCCCAGUUGAUGUCACUAGCCCUUUUACUCAAAUUUCUCGAAAUAAUCCUAAAAACAGCAUCUUCUCGUCCCCCUCGAAGCCCUCAUCCCAAAACAACCUAUUCUCGGGCUCUACGCUUCCCUCAACACCGUCGAAACAACAAGCGCCACCCCCUCCAUCGUCUUUCUUCACCCCCAGAAUACCAGGCGGUCAGGCGGCCCCGCCCUUUCGCAAUCCGGCAUUCACCACACCGCGCCGACCCUUUGACGAGCUUGCCCUGUCGGAGGCAUCGGGAGCCGAGACCAGCCCGGCAUUCACGGAGAACUCGGAUCUCGCCAACGACACGCCCGAGCUGGAUCGCAUGAGCGACCUCAAUAUGGCCACGAUUACACCGUCGCGUGUUGACAAGAACUUCCGCUACAGCAAGAAUGGUUUGCAAUCUAGGCGCUAUGCCCCCGGAAAGGGCGAGAUCCCACGUCCGUCGAGAGACCACUCCGCCGUCGAUUUUGUCCGAAAGCGUAAGAAGCGCAACUACGACAGAGACGUCGGUAGCUCGCGUGGCCGCCACGGAGGCGGAUACAGCGAUUCGGACGAGGAUUCGGACGGCAGCUUGGCGGAUGAACGAAUGUCGAGAUCACGAGACAAGAAGAGGAAGGCUAAGAGCAAGGGGCUGAUGGGCGGUCUCUUCACGACCAUGCAGCGGAACCCCGACUUCGUCGAGCAGGCGCACAAGCUUAUCCGACUGUCUCUGCACCUGAUCCUGGUGGGAUCGGUCAUGUUUGUCGGCUAUAAAGGAUACAAUGCCGUGUCUGCUGACAUCAUGACGGCGAACCGCGCGGCGCAGGCGGCCAGGCUUAACCAGAUUGCCGAGUGCACGAAGCAGUACCAGGAAAAUCAAUGCGUGCAGAAUCUGCCGGCGCUUAGGCAGCUCUGUGAGGAGUGGAAGAACUGCAUGACGGAUGACCCUGAAGCCAUCUUCAUGGUCAGAAACACGAUUAAGGAGAUUGCAUCUAUUAUCAACGAGUUUUCCGGGGAGAUGCAUCUCAAGGCCUGGGGCUUCUUUUUCCUUGCCGUCAUUAUGUUGAUCAUCUCCAAUACCUUAGCGGCCGGGCGUGUCCAUCCCAAGCCCGUGCCUUCGGUGCCCAUGGCCCCGCCUUAUGCUACUCCGGCGACAGGACCUUGGGCAGCUCCAAUGCCCAGUGAGGCGUAUCAUCAGUGGAUGCACAUCCAGACGCCGCGUACACGGAGACGUCAACUUGAAAUGGACGAUGGCACGGACACGGAUGACGGUUCUAUCAAAGGUUUCAGGGGCGCUGCAAUUAUGGCUCCGCAAACCCCCAGCAGACGCAGUCCGACCAAGGAGAACAGGUCCAUGAGUCCGGUCAAGUUUGGCAGGAGCCCGAGUAAACGGUACUAG